AUGCAGUUAAAUCCAGCAGAGACAGAAGUCGUUGAGAGUAUCCCGAGCCUUUCCAUAUCUUGCACUGGGGACGAAAAAGCAACUGGAGACCCUCUUGAAUACGGUAAAGGUUCGUCAGACCCGUCCUUGCCCCUCGAAUUCACAGCGGGAGGGAAUUCAGACAAGAUAAACGAGUCGUUAUUCUUCGAUUAUACGGAGGAUCUAGCACUCGGGGACAUCUGGAACAUGGACUAUGAUACAACAACUGGAUUACCCGACAGCAGCCUCUUCGGUUCGACAUUUCUGUCGCCUAUGUUUACGACGCUGGAUGACAAGGCCAUAAUCCUUUCAAACCACUACUUCUCUGAUGUCUGUCCUAUCAAUUCCUGUUUUGACUCCCAUCGGAAUCCUUUCCGAUCUUUUGUCGGGGACCUUAUGGCCGCUUCCCCUCUAGUUUAUCACUCCGUGAUGAUGAUGUCAGCCUCUCAUAUCUGUCAUAGAAGGAAGGAAAUGACGACUAUGGCAUUAAAGCAUCGAAAUGAUGCUAUUUCAUACCUAAAAGAACGCAGUGAUUUCCCAGGAGAAGCAAGUUUCGAGGCCAUAUUGGGCAGUGUUCUGUUGGGUAUGACAUCUGCAUGGCAGAAUCCUGCCUCUCUCGGUCUAGCUCACCUCCGCAGCGCUCGCAUGUUGUUCAGAGAAUGGUGCGCUAGACCUGACAAUCCUCAUCUCACUCGUUCCGGCUCUUUCCUACUCGGUAUUAUGGCUUAUUGGGAAGCCAUGGCAUCCUUCCUCACCGCAGAAAGCCCAAACACACUGGAAUAUAUUACAGCUUUUUGUCGCCAAGAGCAUGGAAAUUCAGCUGUUUAUCCAAAUCCAUGGACAGGCGUUUCGACUACUCUCUUUAUCUAUGCUGCACAGGCUGGUGCUCUUUGUCGUCAAAACCGGGCCAUACAUUCUCUCUGUGCUUCUAUUACGUCCCCUACAUUACAAAAUGAGAUUCAUCCCAAACAGAUCAAUGACGCUGCUGAAUUGGAACUCAAAGUUUUACGAUAUACCUCUCCAACUCGGAACCGUAUUGAAGAUCCCGGCGAUAGCCUAACAACUAUUCGCCACUUGGAAUGCCUGGCGCAGAUAUAUCGGCUCACGAUCCUUCUCCAGUUAUAUAUUACAUUCCCCGAUCUUCUACGGAAGAAACAGGACGUCACUGCGCCCAGUCUAGCUAUGCCACUACAACCGCACAAGGAUACUCCUAUGGAAGUUACCAUCGCAUUGGCGGUUAGCAUUUUAAAUGUUAUCUCCUCUGUCCCUGAGUCGUCCGGAAUAAAAGUGCUGUUCACACUGCCUCUGCUCAUUGCUGGAAGUGCUUUGCAGGAUGUCCGGAAACUCAAUCACGAAUACAAUAGCACUGAGCAUCCAGAGUGCCCAGAGAUUAUCGAUGAAAUCAUGUCACUACACUGUGGAGACCUUAUGCUUUUGCAUUGGCGAUCACUUGUACGACACAAGCUCAAAUCCUUACAUGAUCUCAUUGGCCUUGAUCCGAUUCUCCGAGCCAUUCAAAUUCUGGAAGCUGUGUGGUUAAGAGCGGAUUUGCUCAUGCCGGCCGACGAAAAUAAGGAGGCCUCAUUCAUCCACUGGAUGGAUGUCAUGGCUGAAGAGCGGCUAGAGUCAGUUUUCGGCUAG